UGUUUGCGUUGACGAUGACUAAACCUAACGAAAGUUAGCAUCAACCGCUGGUUAACUACUCAUUCACGAAUGACCUCCAUCUCAACAUUAUGAAUCGCCUUUGUAGGAUUCUGUUGUUUUGGAUUUGUGGUAUGCUUUGUCAACUUCAUUUUACCAAUAUUUCCACAAAGGCAGCCAAAAACGAUGAGAAUAAUCUCAGUCAUAACGCUGUAAAUGAAAAAAAACAGAAUAUGGCAGAUGAUCAUGAAUACUUUGAUUGGAUUCAAAUGCAUGACUUGCCUAAAAUAAUAUCGACAAAAAUUUUACGAUCAAUCAUUCGCUACAAGGUUGCUGGACCAAGAAUAAUUGCCUUUGAUGUGUUCACUGUAAUAGAGGAAAAUUUAAGGUCCAUAUUUCACACAGAGUGGGUAGAACCGUUUCUUUCAGCGAGAGAGGUUAAAGAGAAACUUCUACGACUUACGCUGGCAGAUAAUCUUAUUUAUAAAGAAGAUAAAAUUCUGGGAAUCAUCGCAGAUCUUCACAGCGAAUCGUUGCUAGUACGAGUAAGUAUUAUUGAUUAUAAAAAUCCAUCUAUAAUACUUCUCCAGAAAGAUCAUCUACUUCCUCUGCUCUCACCACUUCGCAGACCAAACAAACGUUUAAAACAUUCCUGCAUUUCGUGGAUUGCUUAUUUACUUAGAAAUAUAUCAAUGAGCAUGAUUGAAAAAUGUCCAAAAAUUAACAACGUCGUUGAACUUCUUUCGUAUCCUGUGGCCUUGAUCGGAGACGAGUUUCCUUACAGAAAAUUUCUUUCAAAGAUUGAUGAAUCUCAAGGAUUAUUUGCAGAUCACGCACAGUUCACGUUGGCAACAUGGUUAUACCUGACAAAACGAUGUUCUAAAGAUAUGUGCCCAUUGCUAUACCGUAUGAAGGGUACAGGAUUUGAAACUCCUCUCAUCGGUCUAUUACAGUCUGGACAUUUACACCUUCAAUUUCAUUAUGCGGAUGGCAAUGCGUACGCUUUUCUUGCUGAUGCUCAAGUUCCAAUUCACCGAUGGGUGCAUAUUGCAGUUACUGUAAAAAACACUGUCGUGCAGGUUUAUGUCCGCUACGGAAAAAAACUGCAGCAUAUGAAAUCAUUUGUACACACUGAUUUUCCCUCAGGUGCAUUUUAUUACAAUGACAUGGAUGGCUAUUGGGGUGUAGGCGGUUCGUCAGGUUUUACUUCAACUAACGGUUUCAUUGGUCCAGCUAAAAUUUAUCGUAGAAGCGUUCUUUCAGAAGCAGCUAUUAAAAGCAUUUUCACUGUGCUGUCGAGACCAGACCUACGUUUCAACGAGCAUUUUAGACUAUGCCAUCAAAUAAGAUCGUUUGUGAAGCAAAUAAAACGAAAAGAAAGUGAACAUCUAGGAUAUUGCUCAACUAAGAAACUUUUCAUUUCGACUAAAAAAUCUUCGUGUGAUAAGGGUGGAAGUGGGAUUAUUUCUGAAAUUUAUCAUGUGUUAUCAAGCAGUACACAAAAUUCAAGUAUCUUUGUUCCACAGAAUUUAUACAACAUUGCUUUCGAUUUAACAAAAUCUGAUAAGAACACAAAAAGAGACGUGAUACCAUUAUUGUUAUCCUCAUCAUGUGAAGGUCAUCAAAAAUCUCUGUACUUAUUGGCGCUGUUGUACAGAAUCGGUUUAGGGUUGGAUGUCAACACUGUGCUAGCACAGACGUAUUUAUUACUUGGUGCAUAUUACAAUCAUCCCCUAUCUCAAAUGUCUCUUGCAUACAAGCAUUAUAUUGGUGUCGAUGGUAUACCAAAAGAUCAUGACGUUGCAGUUACAUACUACCGUUAUUCCGCUGUACAAAGUAACCGUAUGUUGAAUGAACAUAAUGAGGUAGACACUCAUGCUGAAGCAGUUCGUCUGGAUAAGAAGGAGGAUUUAGACAGUUACCGCGGUCCAAAUUCAAAUUGGUUCACCUGGCUGAAACAUCAAGCAAAACGUGGUGCAAUUGACGCACAAAGUGCUUUAGGUGAAGUAUUCUACUACGGUUCUCGUGGAUUUCGACGCAAUUUGACCAAAGCAGCGGAAUUUUAUGAAAUGGGUGCAAAUCGCGGCGACGCUCAAAUGCUCUUUAACUUAGGGGUGGUCCAUCUACGCGGACAGGGAGUACCUGUUGACAUGAAAAAAGCUCAACAAUUAUUGCAACAAUCCGCGGACCUAGGGUUUGCGCCUGCCUAUAAUGCUUUGGGAUAUUACGAGCUAAAUGUACGUCAAAAUAAUUCGGGGGCAGUGGAAUAUUUUAAACAUGCAGCGCAAAUGGGAGACAGAGAUGGUUUAUAUAAUUUCGGUUUUGCUGUAGAGAAUGGCCUUGCUCCAAAUACAGUUGGUGACAUCAAGUCGGCAAUGAAUCACUACAUCAGCGCAGCCAAUAAAGGACACAUUGGAGCAUGUGUGGUAGUGGGGGACGCUUUUGCUUUAGGAGAGCAUGUUGAACGUAAUUAUAAAAUUUCUUUCAUAUUCUAUAAGUUCGUAGCCGAUCAAAACCCAGAGAUAGGAUUCUUUCUGAGAAACGGUCUUGAUGGAUAUUUUGAAAGUUUGUGGUAUCCUUCUAUGUUGAACUACUUGCUUGCAGCUGAAGCCGGAGUGGAAAUUGCACAGUACAAUACGGCAUUGUUGUGCGAAUGGAAUGAUUUAUCAAAAGAAACACAAAUUGAUUGUGCAAGUCGAUAUUAUAAUCAUUCAGCAAAUCUUCAAUGGGUACCAUCACUUAUUAAAACAGCUGACAACCAUUGGUAUGGGGUUUAUGAAGAGAAAAAUACAACUGCAGCUGCUCAUUUAUACAACUUAGCUGCAAAUAAAGAGCAAAACCCUCAAGCAAUAUAUAACUUAGGCUACAUGGUUGAAAACAAUUAUUCUCUUCAUGGUCUAGAUUGGAUAGAAUUUCACUUUAAGAAUGUAAAUCCAGGAAAUCUAACAGUAGCUGCUGCUGUUUAUAGAAAAUGUCGUGACAGUAGCGAUGAAGCCUUUUUACCGUGUUCUUUGGGAUUGUUACGAGUUACUAUCAAAAAAAUAUUGCAGUUACAAUUGUUCAGAGAAAAAAUUUUGUUGAUACCUCUGACAUUAUUUUUAUUUAUUAUUGCCGUGUUGAAUUACUCAGCAUAGUACAUAUAAAAUCAUUCAUUGGGUAUGAGUUAUCUAUUUGUAUAACUGAAUUGACUAUCUAGCAAUUUUAAGAGUAUUAAUUCAAUAAACUAAAAAACAAUAUUCAAAACAAAAA